UCAUAACAUUUAUCUUUUAUCAUAACACCGUAUUGACAGCUCGGCAACUUUACGGAAAGAAACUGUUUUUUCAUUGCGUUAUCAUGAAAUUUAUAUUUGGAUAUGUUUUAAAAAUAUGUUAACAACGGAAUUACAAUACACAUCUAAUCCACCAAUCAGAUAGUAUUUAUAGAAUAAGAAUGAAUGGGGGAACUAGCAACAUGAGCCGCCUGCUUGCCGAUUAUGCAGUACUCAACCAGGGCACAGAUGAUGAACUUAUUUGUUACGGAUAUGAGGAUAAUAAAGUUAAGAAGUUUAUCUUCCUGGUUCUGGUUGUUGUCACGUUUGGAUUGAUUCUGUUGUUAUUGUACUGGAAACCUGAGCUCGAAUGCUACCUCAAAAAAUCUAAAUGUGCUCUCUACAAGGCUGAUACGGUGCUACUGGAGGAUCAUUAUCAACAAAAACAUGUGUGUUCUAUAAAAACUUUCAACCUUGAAGAAGAAUUGUCAGAGUUCAGUGAUGCGUACAACAGGGAUGAGAGUUCCCCAGAGAACCAUACAGAUGUGAAUGAUGUUGCUAGCCUUACUGUGCAACAGCCUGAUCCUAUUAUAUGUUACUUUGACUUUCAACAUGUAAGAUACAUCUGGAGUAAACAUCUGAAGACUUAUACCAGACUUCUGGACCUGUCUGCAAACACAAAAUGUGGAGAGUUUCAUGAGAAAUAUAAAGGUCUGAGUGUUUUACAGCAAGCUCACAGACGUGUUGUUUAUGGUGAGAAUUCUAUAGAUGUUGAAGUGAAAUCUUAUUGGAGGUUAUUUAUAGAAGAGGUGCUGAAUCCCUUCUAUAUUUUUCAAAUUGCAAGCAUCAUUUUGUGGUCCCUGGAUCAAUACUAUUACUAUGCUGCCUGUAUUUUCCUAAUCUCCUGCAUUUCCAUGGGAGUGUCACUGUACGAAACUAAACGGCAAAUGGUAACCUUACAUAACAUGGUGAGCACAGCUUCUACUGCGGUGUCUGUAGUCAGGGAGGACGGUACCUAUGACAACAUUCCUGUGACUGACCUAGUUCCUGGAGAUGUUAUUGUGAUACCGUCUCACGGCUGUACGAUGACAUGUGAUGCUGUGUUGAUGGCGGGAACUUGCAUUGUGAACGAGAGCAUGCUAACAGGUGAGAGUGUGCCGAUAACAAAAACUCCGCUACAUCAGUGUGAGGACGAGGAGAUUUAUUCCCCGGAGCAGCAUAAACGUCAUACACUCUUCUCUGGCACAAAAGUUAUACAAACACGAUAUUAUGGCCAGUACAAAGUCCUUGCUGUUGUUGUCAGGACAGGUUUCAGCACGGCGAAGGGAGAACUUGUACGAGGUAUUUUGUUUCCGAAACCUCUCGGCUUUAAAUUUUAUCAGGAUGCGAUGAGGUUUAUAAUGUUCCUGGCUGUGGUGGCACUGUUUGGAAUGUGUUACAGCAUUAUUCAGUAUAUCAGACUUAAGGCAUCACCUGAAAGGAUAAUUCUGCGUGUCCUUGACAUCAUUACAAUAAUUGUCCCCCCUGCUUUACCGGCGGCCAUGACAGUUGGUACAGUGUAUGCACAAAACAGAUUAAAGAAGAAACAGAUUUACUGUAUCAGUCCUCCAAGGAUAAAUUUCUGCGGCAGAUUGAACCUUCUAUGUUUUGACAAGACUGGGACUUUAACAGAAGAUGGUCUGGACCUUGGAAAAGUUAUACCAGUCAAAGAUAAAAAUUUUACACACGGAAUUAAUGAUCCUAGUCUGAUGGAGAGAGGAGAUUUUCUGGUUGGCAUGGCAACGUGUCAUUCUCUGACAAUCAUUGACGGAGAAAUCUCGGGAGAUCCCAUGGAUGUGAUAAUGUUUAAUGCUACAAAAUGGAGUCUAGAAGAGCCUGGUAGAGACACUAGUAAGUUUGAUACAAUCAUGCCGACUGUGGUACGUCCAGCUACAAAAGACACUUUUAUGCCAGAUGAAGAUUUAGGCGAUGCCACACAGUUUGAAGUUGGAAUUGUGCGUCAGUUUACAUUUUCGUCAAGUUUAAAGCGUAUGAGUGUUAUAACACGGACAUUAGGCAAGAGUCACAUGGAUGUAUAUUGUAAAGGAGCAGUGGAGACAAUCUGUAUGCUAUGUAACCAAGACACUGUUCCUGAAGACAUUGAUGGGGUGCUAAGACAGUAUGCUGUUCAAGGUCUCAGAGUUAUAGGACUUGCUUCACGGUCUUUGGAUCCCAAAAUUACCUGGCAUCAGGCCCAAAGAAUCCCUAGGGACAAAGUAGAAUGUGAUAUGACAUUUCUAGGCCUGAUUGUGAUGCAGAAUAAACUAAAGAAGGAAACUAAACCUGUGAUAAAAACUUUGCUUGCUGCCAACCUCAGAUGUGUCAUGAUUACUGGUGAUAUGAUCACCACAGCAGUAAGUGUAGCACGUAACUGUGGGAUGGUUGGAUCCAGGGACCGUGUUGUGAUAGUCGAUGCGCAUAAACCAGAGAGCAGCAAUGAUCAGGCGAGAAUUGAAUGGGAACUAUCAGAAAUGAAUGUAGAGGAAAGUCCGGAGACAUCCGAUUAUGAUAGUGAGGACACAACACCAUUUUUAACAUCUUCCUUGUAUGAGAAGUUCUCAACAGAUUUUAAGGGUUAUAAAUACCAUGCAGCAAAACAGGUGACUUCUCGGGUUCAGAUAGAUGAAGUGCAGACACAUCUUGCUGUAUCAGGGAAAUCAUUUUCCGUCAUAGAGAAAUAUUUUCCCGAUCUGUUACCAAAGAUAUGUGUACAGGGAACAAUAUUCGCUCGUAUGUUACCUGACCAGAAAUGCCAGCUUAUACAAAAACAGCAGGAAUUAGGGUAUAUAGUAGGUAUGUGUGGAGAUGGGGCUAAUGAUUGUGAGGCAUUAAAGGCGGCUCAUGCUGGGAUAUCUUUGUCUGAGGCCGAGGCAUCUGUAGCGGCUCCCUUCACAUCUAGAGUCAACCAUAUAGAAUGUGUAGUCACUUUAAUGAGGGAAGGCAGGGGCGCUUUGGUAACGUCGUUUGGAUGUUUUAAAUACAUGGCCUUGUACAGUUUUAUACAGUUUAUAUCUGUGAUGAUUCUUUACACUUAUGGUGUAAACCUUGGUGACAUGCAGUUCCUGUAUAUAGAUCUUGUAAUUACCACAACCAUUGCUGUCCUUAUGGGAUAUACGCAGUCAUAUGAACGAUUAUCAGUUCAGAGACCGGAGGGGUCACUUGUGAAACCAUCUAAUUUAUUAUCUAUACUUCUACAAGUAUUCUGUGCAGCUCAAUCAUGGUAUGAGGUUGUAGAACCAGAAGGUGGAGAAAUGAAGGUAUCAUGGGAGAGUACAGUGAUAUUUAUAUCAUCAUCAUUUCAAUACAUUGUUGUAGCGUUCGUCUUCUCAAAGGGACCACCUUUCAGGAAACGUAUAUACACCAACGUUCCAUACCUGGCUAGUCUAUUGUUGUUAACUGCGUUUUCUGCUGGCUUAGUACUGUUGCCAUGGAAACCUUUAAUGGACUUUUUUACACUGAUGAGACUAGACCAGAAACCUGUGAUGUUUAGGGCUCUCCUCCUUACAAUAGUUGCGGCUCAUUUUAUUGUUGCAGUUAUUAUAGAGUACCUUGUAACUGACAACAAAACAAUGAAAUCCUGUAUAAAACGUUGUGUCCAGUGUCUACGACCAAAGAAGAGUCAGUCUGCAUACAAGAGAGUAGAGCGUGAAUUGGUACUUGCUGAUUGGCCACCUGUAGGUCAGGUGACUUACGCACCAACAGUUUGUGGUGAUGCGGAUCCUACAAGUAUAAUGCUAGACAACAUGCAAGCUGAUGCUACUGUCACUAGAUGACAUAGGAUAAUUUCCAGUCCAUUUCUAUUUGUUAAAAAUAUUGAUAAUUUACUUUACGGAAACAUUGCAAAUUUAAAAAAUAUUUAUGGAUUUGGUUCACAAAUAUUUAUACCAUGUUAAAUAUUCAGUUAAGAAAGUUUUAACAAAUUAUUACAUUGUAUUUUAUCAAUAAGUUAGUGCUAAGAGUGCAAAAAGGUCAAUGCUGUAGUUAUUACCUUUUUGCACUUUUUUCUCUAAAUAUAGUUGAAAACUAUUCUAUUUAAAGACAUGAUGUAAAACAUGCUCAUUAAAGGAACUCCACUGAGGUCAAAAAGCCUAAAAUCAUGAAAUUUGAUUAAGUAGAUCAAGUGAAGCACAUAAAAUGGAAAAAUCUGUAAAGGAUAAUAAAGAAAUUUUGUUAUAAUUAAAUUGAAUAUUGAUUUUUUUGCGUGAUUCUUAGCCUUAUUUGAAUGGAAAGCAUUGCAACGCUUUUCAAUUUUGGGUCAUUUUGCACAAUAAAAAUGAUUAUUCUUGAAAAACUGGAUGAAGGAAUGGUCCCUGAAAAUUAAUUCUUGAAAAAUUGGAUGGAAAAUUAAUUCUUGAAUAAUUGGAUGAGGGAAUGGCCCCGGAAAAUUUGUACACAAGUUUAUGAUCCAGACCUAUAUCAAAUCAUACACAAAUCUCAGGAAAAUGCAUCAAGUCCUGUCUUGUUAAAAAAUCUCAGCGGAGUCCCUUUAAUAUAUGUUACUGUGUCAGUUUUAUUGUCAAAAAUAAUGUUAUAAUGUCAUUUAAAUCAGUCAUAUUGGCUAAACAUAUAUAAUGCUCAUAGAGCCAUUUUAGAUGGUGAUUAUUUUUAUGUUAAUGUAUAUAUGAUAUGAGGGACGUUUAAUGUUGUUUAAUGUUUUAAUUUUUAUAAACUUGUCACAGUUGAAAUUCAUACCACUACUCUCUACAAAACCCACCUUUAAUUAUUUAAGUUCUAUUUUUGGUUAAAAAAAUUAGGCAGUUUCUGUUUGCAACUUAACUGUUGUACAUAUGGAAAAUAGAUGUUCCUACUCUGGUGCGUGUUCUUGCCUAAAAUAACACGGCGUAGAGGGAUACCUGACGUCUUCCUACUGCAGUAUAGCUGUAGAGUUACCAUAUGACGUUUACAGUGUUGGUGCAACGUAAAAACCCAUCUAAAUAAUUUUACAUUAUCUUAGUUAAAAUCAGAAACAAGUUUUUGGCAUAUUUCAAGAAUUGAAAUUCGGAUCUUGUUAAAAAAUUUCUAAACUUGGAAGCUCAAGAUUGGUUACAAAAAUAAAAAUCAAAUUUUUUGAGAAAGAAUGCAAAUAUUCACAAUUAUCCCUGAGUCUGCUUGGGGGGGGGGGGACAACUGAGUCUAUGCAUGCAGACCAAAUAUCAGCCCCCACAUCUGUAUCAUCGGCACUGAUUGCUGGUUAAUAAAAUGCUGUUUAUGUAAGAUGUCAGAUAGGACUACUGAUAAUGAUAACUGUUUAAUUACCAUUUUUUCAACUCGUUACAAUCUGAUUAACCUAAUUGAUACUAAGUAAUUACUAUUUUUUUACCUUAUAAACUGCUAUUUUUGUUUCUUUUAGACACAUUUUUGUCUUCUUUUUUUUGUGAAUUUCAAGUGCCUAAGACUUAAUUAAUUAAAUUCUUAUAUAAGCCUAGUAGCAGUAUCUUUUCCUAGGGGGGUUGGGGGAGGGUAUUUUCCUCUCGAUAAUUUAUACGGGAAACACCAACUGUGUUGAUUUGUGAUAAUGUCCUCUGAUUUGUAAUAACCUGCUUGACUUGGUACCUCAGUUUUCUUUGUCGAAAAUGAGUAGGGGUGGUGGCGUUUAUUAGGGAAAGGGGUGUGUAUUACUAUUAGACAGUAUGCGGUAAAUCUCUUUAUUUGUUUACUAUGAAUAUUGUUAUAAAGUAGAUUUCCUUUCUAAAUUUUCAAAAGAAAAAAACAACAACAAAAAAUAGAAUAAAUUAUAGAAAAUAGAAUAAAUCAUUUAAAAAU